AUGGCAGCACGCAUAGACAGGGUUCUGACAUCUGAAUUGCAGCUUACGCUCCAACCAUCUGUAUUUUGGUCAGAUAGUACCACGGUACUCAAGUAUAUCAGCAAUCAAACAAGUAGAUUCCGUACCUUUGUUGCUAACCGUGUGGAUGUGAUUUUGAAAUGCUCCAGUCCAGAGCAAUGGAGGUAUAUCAACACCUCACUGAAUCCUGCCGACUUUGCAUCAAGGGGGCUCCGAGCAGAGAGCUUCAUGCAAUCCCACACAUGGUUACAGGGGCCGGACUUUCUCACCAAACCCAUGGAAGAGUGGCCAGAAGAGGUGCACCCAGUUGAAGGCCUGACUACAGAUGACUCAGAGGUAAAGGGUAACCUGGUGUGUGCUAGUACAAUCAAGGAAUGUGAAGAUGUAGUGCUGCAGUUCCUGCAGUACUUCUCAUCCUGGUUUAAACUUAAAAGGGCAGUGGCAUGGAUGCUUAAAGUCAAGAGCAUUCUGCUGCAAUUGUGUCGCAAAAGGAAGGAGUUGUGUGCUGUUAAAACACAACCUGAAGUCGAGAGGGAUAUGGAAGGUUUCAAGGACAGCCUGUUUCAAGGGGACACCAACAAGCUAACGGUAGAGAACCUUGCGAAGGCUGAAGAAGCAAUCAUUCGCUACUGUCAGAGAAAGACAUUUCCUAAGGAGAUCAGCGCACUUUCUAAAGGUCAAGGGGUGAAGAGGACUAGUAGUCUUUUCAAACUGAGUCCAGUACUUGAACAAGGCAUCCUUAGGGUCGGAGGGCGACUCAGCAGAGCAGCACUACCCGAGGAAGCUAAGUGGCCAGCAAUCCUGAGCAAGGAUCUUCACGUCACGAAGCUUAUCCUCAGAGAAAUACAUGAGAACUUGGCUCAUAGUGGUCGCAAUCAUGUUAUCUCCAAGUUGAGAACAAAGUUUUGGGUACCUGGUGCCAACUCUGCAGUACGAAAAAUACUCGCUAGGUGUAUUGCCUGUCGGCGUGAGCAUGGAGUUGCAGGACAGCAGCAAAUGCCCGACCUACCCCGAGACAGAGUUCUGCCAGAUGACCCUCCAUUUACUAACUGCGGAGUGGACUACUUUGGUCCGUUCGAGAUCAAACGUGGUCGAAGUACGGUGAAGAGGUAUGGAGUCAUUUUCACCUGCCUAACCACUCGUGCAAUACACUUGGAGAUGGCAGCCUCGCUGGACACAGAUUCCUUCAUCCAUGCUCUCCAUCGAUUCAUAGCCAGACGAGGCCAGAUAAAGACCCUUCGUUCUGACAAUGGAACUAACUUCAUUGGUGCAGAGCGUGAACUUAAAAGAGCCAUUGCUGAAUGGAAUGUGUCCAAAAUUGAAGACCACCUAAAACAACAAGGCAUUCAGUGGACGUUCAACCCUCCCUCAGGACCCCAUCAUGGAGGGGUCUGGGAGAGAUUGAUCAAGUCAGUGAAGAAAAUCCUAAACGUUACCUUGAGGCUGCAGACACUGGAUGAAGAGAGCCUGCAUACACUUCUGUGUGAGGCGGAGGCCAUUAUUAACAGUCGGCCAAUAACCAAAGCGUCCAGUGAUCCAAAUGAUCUGGAAGUACUCACUCCCAAUCACCUGUUGCUGCUCAGGAACAAACCAUCUCUUCCUCCCGGACUGUUCGACAGACUGUGCCAUUGUCCUAAUGGUUUUGAUAGAUCUGCCUGUAUUUUAUUGGAAAAAUAUUUAAGGAAUUUGUAUUUCUUUUUAACCACUUUGUGGAUCUCAUGUUUUAAAGGUGUGAAGCUGUGGGAUGACAGCAGUCAAGAAGAAAGAACAGAAGAGCAGGACCAGCCUAGUACUUACUUGAAUGUCAUUAAAUCUGAUUCUUUUAAAUCCAAGUCCUCUCUGCUGGAUGUUGAUUCUUCCAUGAAGCUCAGUGUCCUGUCUGGAAUGGUUAAAGUUGGAGGAUCAGCCAGGUACCUGCUUAAUAAGAAGAAGUUUCAACAUCAGAGUCGAGUCACACUUCACUACAAAGCUACCACCAAAUUCAAACAGCUGACACUGAAUCCUCAGAAAAUCAAGAACAUUAAACUAACAGAUAAUGUGAGGAGUUUGGCAACACAUGUAGUCACAGGAAUCCUUUAUGGAACAAAUGCUUUCGUUGUGUUUGACAGUGAGAAGUUGGAUGCUAGCAGCAUUCAGGACACCCAGGCUAGUAUGGAAACUGUGAUAAACAAGAUCCCCUCAUUUAAUGUUAAUGGGAAAGUUGACAUCAAGCUGAGUAAUAAAGAAAAAGCUGUGACUGAUAAAUUCACCUGCCAAUUCUAUGGAGACUUCAUUCUUGAAAGCAACCCUGUAACAUUUGAAGAUGCAGUGAAGACAGUCAACCAACUUCCAAAACUACUGGGAGAAAACAAAGAAAAUGGUGUCCCACUGAAGGUCACACUGAUGCCACUGAAGGAUUUGCAUCUCAAAGCCAAGAUGAGGAUUGAAGAGAUCAAUCCUGGACUUGUUAGAAAGGCUGAAGAUAUCCUACAGGAUCUCCAUAAUGUGGAAAUAAGAUGCAAUGAUCUGCUGGAGGACAUAGUGGUGAGAAGCUUUCCACAGAUACAAGAAAAGUUGAUCAGAUUCAAGAAGCUCUGCGAGUAUUACAGAUCUUCACUCCAGCAGACAAUGGCUGAGAGACUUCUCUCCAUCAGGGAAGGUAAAGAGGAUACGCAGAAAUUAGUGAAAGUGUUUGAUGACAGAGACAAGUCACCUUUCAGGCAGGAGAGAUUAAUCAAGUGGAUUGAAUAUCAAGAGAAAGAAAUCAACAACAUCAGCUGCAUUGUAAAAAUUCUGCAAGGAAUAAAGAUCAUCUCAGAUCAGUCCAAGCUUGAAAGAGAGGUGUUUAAUUCAGAAAAGGAAGUUCUCUGCUUUGCUUUCACCUCCCUGAAAUCCACUCACCCAUAUCUGCAGAACAUGUCUGACUACUUUGAUAAAAUGAAACUGGGCAGUGGUAACACUCCACCUGCCCAGGAUCAAUGGUAUUUCUCUGAUGGUGUAAGAGCCAAAAUGAUUAAAAAAGCAAAACUUCUGAAGGAUAGCAGCAGAUUUUAUCACCUUGUAGCAGUCAUUGGAAAUGACAAAUACGAAGGAGCAAGUAUCUACCACUACAGGAAAACUGACCUGGUCACUGAUGAUUUCUUGGGGCCUGAUAUCAAUGAGGUGGAAACUGUGAGGGACAGAAGUGAUCUGAUGUGGUGUAAGUACUUUCACACUUUUUCUUCUCCCUUCUACCAAAGAAUGGUUUAAAAAAUUUUCCUCAAUAGCGUGAUUGGUUACAACUUUAACUGGUCACAGGAUCAAUUUUGGAAUGUUGAUAUCUAUCUGAAACUGUGAAGGAAAGACCAAUGGUAGUAAAAAAUCAAUAACUGACUUUCCCUUUUGUCACUUUGGGGUUAAUUCAAUUUAAGUUUAAGUAGGCUAAGACCCUACAAUAAUACAACAUUGCAAACCCCUAUAAUCAGGUGACCCCACUGAGCAUGUGCAACAGUGGGAAAGAAAAACUGCCUGUUAAGAGGAAAAAACCUCCAGCAGAACCAGGCUUGGGGAGGGGCGGCCAUCUCCCGCAACCGGGUGAGGUGAGGGGAGAAAGACAGGCCAAAAGACACGCUGUGGAAAAGAGCCAGAAAUUAAUGAUAACCAAUAAUUAAAUGCAGAGAGUUCUAUUAACACAUAGAGGGUGAAGAAGAAUCACCCAAUGCAUCAUGGGAAUCCCCCAGCAGCCUACACCUAUAGCAGCAUAAUUAAAAAUGGAAAAUUAUAUCAGAAAGUAAAUGCAGCUGGUUCUCCAUGUAUGUAAACACAGAACCUCUCCACUCAGCAUGGCACCCGCCAUGAAAAGUUUUUAAGACUGACAGAUUGAAUACAUGCUGGUUGUAUUUAAUAAAAAAAAUAUAUUAUAUUUUUGUCAUUUUUGCUCCUUCCAGACCUCCACAGUUAAAGAGGACCAUCCCAUAUUUUCGCAUAAGAUGCAGUGAUGAAAAGUAUGAAUUGUAAUCAAAGGCAGUAAACUGUGAAGCAGAGUUUUUAAGGGGGAGAAACAUGCAUAUAAAAUUAAAUCCAUCAUCAUAAUUAAAGUUUGUACAAAGAUCUUAAUGACUAGCAGGAGAGAAUCGUGAUCUUCCCUUCAGUUCUCCUGAAAGUAUUUCUUCAUUGGAUCAGAGAUUACAAAGACAAGCUGAGUGUUAGAGUUAUAUUUUUGAAUUGUCAUUUGUACUAACAAACAUAAUCAUAUAUGCUUAGAGGUAUAUAAUCGAUUGUAUAGUGAUAGAAGGUCUGAUCCUUAGUAGUCUGCAAAGGCUCUGUGUACCAUAAAAAGAGGAGUACGUUCACUCCUUUUUCUGAGUGUUCUGGCAUACCACACAUAUCCUAAGGUCAUGAGAGAGGUUGUACCAUCUCUUUCUGAUAAUAUGGUAUAGUAACCACAUCUGUAUCUGUUUAAGUAUAAGAGCCUUUUGUUUAGAUGAACUGCAGGACUCCCCAGCGCCAACAGGUCUGAGGAGCCUUCACAGGGUCACCCUUUGACACACACACGCAUACCUACACGUACACACAGACUGGUACUCUUUGUCCACAUGUAUGCCUGUUUAAGACGUCAUAUGUCAUAUGAGUGACUGGGGUUCAAGCGGUUGGAACAGGCUUGGUCUCGGUAGUCUUCCUCGUGCACGAGAUCACACAAGGAGCUCUGGUGUUGUGUGUGUUGCUUUUGCCAUUGUAGUGGAUUGUCUUGGUUGUUCCAGAAAUAAGUUUGUGCCUAGAUAAACCUAUCACUGAGGUUUGAGGACAGAGAUUAAAGAAGAGUCACUGACAUCGUCAUCAAUAACGAAAGUGAUCAGGUCUUGUUCUCUCCAUCAGAUUCCCGUAACCUCACCCUGGAUCCAAACACAGCACACUGUGAACUCGUUCUGUCUGAAGGAAACAAGAAGGUGAAAAGAGGAAAGACACAGUUAUAUCCUGACCUUCCUGAGAGAUUCAGUAAGUUACCUCAGGUUUUGUGCAGAGAGGAGCUGAAUGGGCGCUGUUACUGGGAGGUAGACUUGAGUGCUUCCUGGCUUGCUGUUGUUUCUGUAGGCGUUUGCUACAGCCAACUUGAAAGGAAAGGAAACAGUGACAUGUGCAAGCUUGGGUACAAUGAAAAGUCCUGGAGUUGUAGUUGCAGGUAUCUUCUAGGCUUUUGGUACUUUGUAGUACAUAAUGGCUUACAAAUAUACAUACUCCCUGAUGGCUGUCCCAAACUAGGAGUGUUUCUGGACUGGCAUGCAGGAACUCUGUCUUACUAUGUCGUCUCAUGUAACAAACUGAAACACAUGUACACCUUCAGAACCAGAUUCUCUGAACCUGUUUACCCAGGAUUCAGACUCUGGACUUUGUUUACAAUCUCUGAUGAAGAUUCAGUUUUGUUGUUGUAGCAUGUGAGUGCCAUUUAGAAAUGUAAUAUAAUACCAUAACUGUAAAAACACAGUGUGAGCAUACAGCAGUUUGUCAUUGAGAAAAUUAGGCCCUAAAAACAUAUUUAGUUUUUCAUUUAUUUGGAGACAAUCAUGUAAUUUAAAAGUAUUCAGUGAUAUGGUUGGGAAGUCUUAGUAUUUUAGACUUUGAAUUAAUGUUUAUUGUUACACACCUCACGUUUGAUUGUUAUCCUUUAGUUUGUUGUUUAGAGUCCUCUUAUGGUUUUAGGUUCAUGGAUAGGUUUUCUUGCCUCUAUUUUUUGUUUUGUAUUUUUUUCACUGUUGUUUCUAUUUUUUGUUUAAUUUCUGCUUAAUGCCAGGACCCUAUAUUAUAAAGUGAUAACUCACUGUUACAGGUUUCACUUACCCUGACAUUGGAGAUCAAGAUAAACGGUCACACAAGGCUGGUUAUCACCUCACAAAGUGAGCCCAGGGUCCACCCCUUUAAUGUAUCACAUGAAUAAGUUUGUGGUACCAGCUAAUUUAGCUAAUGCAAAUACUGGUGUGCCUUUGCAAAAGCCUGCAUCAGGUAUGUUUUUAUCCACACCUCACCAGGUCAGGUUAAUUGGCAGCUCCUUCAGUGGACGGCUGCAGCACCCACGAUGUGGGACGGAGAGAUUUCGGAGGUCUUUCCUUCCUACUGCUGUCAGACUCCACAACAAAGACUUUGCAGCUGACCAAACACACACAUCCAAAGAUGUGUAAUAGCACAAAGUGCAAUUCUAUUUUUCUGACAACAUUGUAUUUUAUUUUGUUGUAUAUGGUAUAUGUAUAUGGUAUCCUAUUUAUUCAAUUCUAUUGUGUACAGUAUCUUAUUCCUAUUCUAUUCCAGUGUUUUUUUGUUCUUAAUUUUUGCUCUGCAACAUUGCACUGUCCACUUUCUGCUGUAACAAAACAAAUUUCCCACAUGUGGGACUAGGGGCUGCUGAGGGGCAUAACCGUGCAAAGAGCAGUAAAAUACAUAACAACUUUGCAUUUUAUACAGCAUUUUUCAAGACCCUCAAAGCACUUUACAAUUCCACUAUUCAUUCACUCUCACACUGGUGGAGGCAAGCUACAGUUGUAGCCACAGCUGCCCUGGGGCAGACUGACA